GCCCCCUCCUUUUUGGCUGCCCGGCCAUCUUGGCGGCGCGUCUCCGGUGAGCGGGGCUCGGCCGGGGCGGCGCGGGGGGCUCCUGCCGGCUGCUAAUCCUUUCUCCUCGUUCACCCUUGUCUUCCAGUUACCGCCCGGCCUGACGCGAGGCAGCAACAUGGUGGCCGCGAAGAAGACGAAAAAGUCCCUAGAGUCCAUAAACUCUAGGCUUCAACUGGUUAUGAAAAGUGGUAAAUAUGUGCUAGGAUACAAACAGACUCUGAAAAUGAUUCGGCAGGGCAAAGCCAAGCUGGUCAUCCUAGCCAACAACUGUCCUGCUUUGAGAAAAUCAGAGAUCGAGUACUACGCUAUGCUUGCCAAGACGGGUGUCCAUCAUUACAGUGGCAACAACAUUGAAUUGGGCACAGCCUGCGGAAAAUACUACAGAGUGUGCACGCUGGCCAUCAUUGACCCAGGUGACUCUGACAUCAUUAGAAGCAUGCCAGAACAAACCAGUGAGAAGUAAAUGCUGUAAAGGUGUUAUUUCUACAAUAAAACUGGUUACAGAUCUGUUUUAAGAAAGAUUUAUUUUAUACCUUUGCUGGUUUUAGGGAACAGACUAUAUAAAUGAAGAUUCAUUACCA